AGUCAUACAGGACUGAUCAGAUACAGCACCUGUAGUCCUCACACGAACUCCAUUGCAGUCCACGCCGUCGUCCGAGUUCUAGGACGACUUCGGCAGUCCGAAAGUUUCACCCCGAGACCGACGUCAGUCUGGAGGACUAAUAAUCCUGUACAGAGUCAACAUGGAAACCCGUCAAGAGAGAAAACCGAAGAAACCACAUUACAUUCCUCGUCCUCCCGGGAAGCCCUUCAAAUACCAGUGUUUCCAAUGUCCCUUCACGUGCAACAUCAAGUCCCAUCUCUUUAAUCACAUGAAAUACAACCUGUGCAAGAACUCUAUCUCUCUGGUGUCUCAGCGUGGGGAGCAGACAGGGAGAGCAUCCAGAGCUCCGCAGCGCGGCACUUCGUCCAAUCAAGCGCACACAGAACCCUCGAUGCCUGUUAAACCCAGUCCAAUCCGACCAGAUCACAUAAAAAGCAAAAUGAGAAUGGUAGAACAGCUGGAUGAGUUGGCAGAAAAGGUGGAUGGGGGAGACAGGGAAGGAAAUGAGAGUCCUGUGAAAAACGCUACAGAAAAAUCUUCGGAACUGAUCAGCAUCGAAAGCAGAGAUCCAGGAACUGCUGAGACCAUGAAAAAAUGCACUUCGUCAUCUGCCUUUUCUCCUGUUCAACGGAAAUGUGAAAAUGAGACUCAACCUCCACAAAAAGCAGAUCAACCCACCUCGCAGAUUCCUGUUCGCUCUUAUUUCCAUCCGGGGUCAACCUGGGGGCAGCGAGCCAUGCCUGCAACCCUCAAGCCUGCAGAUUACACACCAUACAUGCUCCCGGAAAGAACCACGCACGCCUUUUACCAAUCCUACCUGCAAAAUCAAAGCGUCUCAUCAGCAUACUGUCUAAAUCUUCAGGAGCACAACCGACCUCUUAUGCCAGCACCUCUAAUACCACCCAAUCACCCGUCUCUCCUUCAAACAUACCCCUACAGAUACGGCCCACAUUUUCUCCAAGUUCCACAUUUACCAUUCAGUGUUUAUCCUCCUGAGCACACACCAUCCUUACAGGGCCCGAGGUACAUUCCCAUGGAGAUGUUCCCCCAUGGCUUUGAGCCCAGGGACUAUGGAAGAUACACCUAUCUUCAGCCAGGCUCCUACAGCAGGCCAACAGAAUCCAGGGGGAGCCAACAGCAAGGAGGAGACAAGGGCACCCGCCAGAGCCCGAUGGCCGGCUGUGCUGCAACAGGGUCUCCGGACAGACCGGGAAUCGCAGAUAUCACCAAGCACCAUUCCACCAACCCUCAUCAUGAACCACAGCCUAGCUGCCAAUCAGAUAGCACCACUCCAGGAGGGGAGGGAAUGACAGAACCAGAGAAACUAUUAAGAAAUCCAAGUAACAAACAACAUGAAAACAGUACGCCGAAACAAAGAAAUAUUGUGCAAAGCACUACUCCCAGUUCGGUGCAUUGCUCUGGCUGUUCAUCAGAGGAGGCCGAGGACGAAGACAGUGAUGACGCAGCUCCGCUAAAUCUGUCAAAGCGGGACUGCAACGGAUCGGUACACACUUUUAACCACAGAUCUGAUGAGGAGAUCAACUCGGAGUCAGAAAGCAACGAUGAAGAUACCCCUCUAGACCUCUGUCUCCGUGCCCAGAACAAUAACCAGGUCCAGUCUGGUACUACCACAAGCUCAGAGGAGGUCCCUGAACAAGUCAGUCAGUGUCAGACACCUCUGUCUGAGCAGGAACAGAGUGACCGCAGACACUCUGCGGCGUUUGCCCUCUGCCAGCUGGCCACAUCCAGCAACAUCAAUACCGUUGAACUUCCUUCAGAAUCACACAAGGACACUCAAAGUCUGCAACCUGCACUUGACCAGUGUCCUAACGGGGACACUCCUGGGACAGUCAAGUCUGAGCAGAACACUGCAGCCCAGGGUCAGAAACGAGCAAGUGACAAGGCCACAAAGACAACCAGUAAGAGGGUGCGGGUGACCGAGCCGGUCCGGGACAAGAGGAGGAGGACCCAGAACUGCUGAUUGCCUUUCUAAGUAGGACCUUUCAGAACGUUCCAUUUGCAUAUGCAAGCUUUCCAGCUAGUGUAAUGUUGCAGCACAAACUCAGAUGUACCUUUAACAUGUCUGUCUUGUAUAUAGCUUUUCUUAGACUCCUCAUACUCCAGAAUGCAUGCAUAAAUUUACAUGUUAAUAUGAGUUAUGAUCAAACAUAAUUUGUGUGCAGUAAAUAAAGUAUUUGCAAGAUUUAAA